GGGGCGCGGGCCGGCAAUGGCGCGGCGGCGCUGAGGGCGCGGGGCGGGCGGCGGCCGGAGGGCGGCGCGGGAGAAAGCAGCGGCGGUGGCCCCAUGGCCCGGGCGCGCUGAGGGACGCGGCUCUCGCCUCAGCCCGGCGGCGGCCGAACAAUGAAGCUCCUGAAGCCGACCUGGGUCAACCACAAUGGCAAGCCAAUUUUUUCAGUUGAUAUUCACCCUGACGGGACCAAGUUCGCAACUGGAGGACAAGGACAGGAUUCUGGGAAGGUUGUGAUCUGGAAUAUGUCUCCAGUCCUCCAGGAGGAUGACGAGAAGGAUGAAAAUAUUCCCAAGAUGCUUUGCCAGAUGGACAAUCACUUAGCAUGUGUGAACUGUGUGCGGUGGUCAAACAGUGGGAUGUAUUUAGCUUCUGGGGGAGAUGACAAACUGAUUAUGGUGUGGAAGCGGGCUACGUACAUCGGCCCCAGCACCGUGUUCGGCUCCAGUGGUAAGCUUGCCAAUGUGGAGCAGUGGCGAUGUGUCUCUAUCCUCCGGAGUCACUCAGGCGAUGUGAUGGAUGUAGCAUGGUCUCCCCAUGAUGCCUGGCUGGCCUCGUGCAGCGUGGACAACACUGUCGUCAUCUGGAAUGCUGUGAAGUUCCCAGAAAUUCUAGCUACUCUGAGAGGCCAUUCUGGCUUGGUAAAGGGGUUGACCUGGGACCCUGUUGGUAAAUACAUUGCCUCUCAAGCUGAUGACCGCAGCCUAAAGGUAUGGAGAACGCUGGACUGGCAGUUGGAGACCAGCAUCACCAAGCCUUUUGAUGAGUGUGGAGGGACAACCCAUGUGUUGCGGCUCAGCUGGUCACCUGAUGGGCACUACCUGGUGUCUGCCCACGCCAUGAACAACUCUGGCCCCACUGCCCAGAUCAUUGAACGGGAGGGCUGGAAGACCAACAUGGACUUUGUCGGGCACCGGAAAGCUGUGACUGUCGUGAAAUUUAACCCAAAAAUCUUCAAAAAGAAGCAGAAGAAUGGGAGUUCUGCAAAGCCCAGCUGCCCAUAUUGCUGCUGUGCUGUUGGCAGCAAGGACCGUUCUCUCUCUGUCUGGCUCACGUGUCUGAAACGGCCUUUGGUUGUCAUCCAUGAGCUGUUCGACAAAUCCAUCAUGGAUAUUUCCUGGACUCUGAACGGGCUGGGCAUCUUGGUGUGCUCCAUGGAUGGCUCUGUGGCAUUCCUAGAUUUCUCCCAGGAUGAGCUCGGAGACCCCUUGAGUGAGGAGGAGAAGAGCCGCAUUCACCAGUCCACAUAUGGCAAGAGCUUGGCCAUCAUGACUGAGGCCCAGCUCUCCACAGCCGUCAUUGAAAACCCAGAGAUGCUCAAAUACCAACGCAGGCAGCAACAACAGCAGCUGGAUCAGAAGAGUGCCUCAGCCAGAGAGACAAGCUCAGCUGCCUCAGUUGCUGGUGUCGUCAAUGGGGAAAGUCUGGAAGACAUUAGGAAGAAUCUUUUGAAGAAACAAGUUGAGACUCGGACAGCAGAUGGUCGCAGAAGAAUCACGCCUCUCUGCAUAGCACAGCUGGACACCGGGGACUUCUCCACGGCAUUCUUUAACAGCAUCCCACUCUCGGGCUCCCUGGCGGGCACCAUGCUCUCCUCUCAUAGCAAUCCACAGCUACUGCCCCUGGACUCCAGUACCCCCAACUCCUUUGGCGCCUCGAAGCCCUCCACAGAGCCUGUGGCUACAACUGGCGCCAGGCCGGCUGGUGAUACUGUCAGUAAGGACAGUGUGAAUGCUACCUCUACUCCUGCUGCAUUGUCACCCUCCGUGUUAACGACCCCGUCCAAGAUUGAACCCAUGAAAGCAUUUGACUCCAGAUUCACGGAGCGGUCCAAAGCCACGCCAGGUGCUCCUUCCUUGACCAGUGUGACUCCAACAGCUGUGGAAAGGUUGAAAGAGCAAAACCUUGUGAAAGAGCUGAGGCCCCGGGACCUCCUGGAGAGCAGCAGUGACAGCGACGAAAAGGUCCCUGUGGCCAAGCCUUCCUCACUGUCCAAGCGAAAACUGGAGCUUGAGGUAGAAACGGUGGAAAAGAAGAAAAAAGGGCGGCCUCGGAAGGACUCUCGGCUCAUGCCUGUGUCUCUGUCUGUCCAGUCCCCAGCUGCCCUGACCGCAGAGAAGGACGCCGUGUGUUUGUCUGUACCAGCACCUGCACUGAAACUACCCAUGCCAGGCCCCCAGAGAGCAUUCACCCUCCAGGUGAGCUCCGAUCCCUCCAUGUACAUUGAGGUGGAGAAUGAAGUGACUGCUGUGGGAGGUGUGAAGCUAAGUCGUUUGAAGUGUAACCGGGAAGGGAAGGAGUGGGAGACGGUACUCACCAGUCGGAUCCUCACUGCUGCCGGCAGCUGUGACGUGGUAUGUGUCGCCUGUGAAAAGAGGAUGCUGUCCGUGUUCUCCGCCUGUGGUCGCCGCCUCCUCCCUCCCAUCCUCCUGCCGUCCCCGAUCUCCACUUUGCACUGCACGGGCUCCUACGUCAUGGCGCUCACUGCCGCAGCCACAUUGUCUGUCUGGGAUGUUCACAGACAGGUGGUUGUGGUGAAAGAAGAAUCUCUACACUCCAUCUUGGCAGGAAGUGACAUGACAGUGUCACAGAUCUUGCUGACACAGCAUGGAAUCCCAGUGAUGAACCUGUCUGAUGGGAAGGCAUACUGCUUUAAUCCGUCACUUUCUACAUGGAACCUGGUUUCUGACAAGCAGGACUCCCUGGCCCAGUGUGCGGACUUCAGGAGCAGCCUGCCUCCCCAGGACGCCAUGCUGUGCUCUGGACCUUUAGCCAUAGUCCAGGGCCGUGCCUCCACUUCAGGAAGACAGGCAGCCCGGCUCUUCUCCGUGCCUCAUGUAGUGCAGCAGGAGACCACCCUGGCCUACCUGGAGAAUCAGGUUGCGGCGGCACUCACCCUGCAGUCCAGCCAUGAGUACCGCCAUUGGCUCCUCCUCUACGCUCGGUACCUUGUGAACGAAGGGUUUGAAUACCGACUCCGAGAAAUAUGCAAGGACUUACUGGGUCCGGUUCACUACUCCACUGGAAGCCAGUGGGAGUCAACGGUAGUGGGUCUGCGGAAGAGGGAGCUGCUGAAGGAGCUGCUGCCGGUCAUCGGGCAGAAUCUCCGCUUUCAGCGCCUCUUUACCGAGUGUCAGGAGCAGCUCGACAUCCUGAGGGACAAGUAGCCUGCCCAGGCCUUCCCUGGCUGCAACAAGGGCAGGGCCACACUCUCGCCGCUGACAAUGCACACGGCCACCUCUCACCUCGUCAGACCACAGAAGGACGAGGAGACACUGGCAGGAGGUGGGCUGUCCUGUGCCAGCGCUGGCCCAACUCCCUAGGCGGGCUUCCCCCAUAUCCUGGGCCCGUUGCUCCCUCAGAGGGGGGCAGCUCUGCCCGCCACUCAUCCCUCCCUCCAGGACCCCUGUGCGGAGCUGGGGUUGGGGCCCUGCCCUGCUGCCCUGGGGUCAGUGAGGCACUCCCAGGCCUGCCGUUUCCAGCACGGGCCCGAGGUGGACACUAGUCCCUGCCACUGCAGGCAUCGUGCUGCUUCAGCUAUGACGAAUGAGCCAUUUGUGAAAGAGAGACCCCUGAAAUGUUAGUGUAUUAUGCAGUCGGUAGACUGACCCGAGACCUAUGUAAAAGGAAAAGCUAUUCCAACGCGGACUAUUUUUGUACUAGAAUUUGCUAACUUGUAAUAUGGAAUUUUCCUUUUGGCCAAUAAUCAGGAUUUCCCUAUAAGUCACUUGGACAUUGGUCACUUGUAGGAAAUUUAAACUCUAAUUAUGACAGCUACAUUGAAAAAUAAUUGUACUGAAAUUAACUUGUCUAUCUUCAUUUGGUUUUAAUUUUUAAAUGUUUGUAAAAAGAGACUGUUUUUUGGGGAAUGGGGCAGAGGGGUGGGCGAUUUCUUUUGUAAGUGUAAAAUAAAUGAACACGCAUUGGAUACCAAAUCAUCCUGGCUUCCCCUGCCUUUUCCUUCUAACUUCCACCUUCCUCCCCUGCCAUAGCUCCCUCUCCCAAAAUGGGCAGUUCUGGAACAUCAGAACUGGAAGGAAUCUUUGAUGUCCUCUAAUGGCCCCAACCUCUCGGUGCAGAAAUUCAUUACCCAGCAUGGAGGUCACUUCGUUGACCAUGAAGCAUCUGAGGCUUCUGGGGCUAGCAGAUAGGCCACCUCACCUGAGUCUCCUCCCAAGCCAGUCAUCGAGGUCCUUGCUUCUGGCUGUGCUGUGCCCCUUGGUCCCCAGUCAUGCUGGGCACCAAGGGCUACAGCUGGCUUGCCAAUUUUGUGGAAGGAAAUCAUUAAGUACAGACUGGGGUUUUCUGAAGAAUUAUCUAAAAGCUGUGAUUUUUCUAGAAUGUGUUCCAGAAGCUCACCCACAGGAGAGGAAAUAGCUAGAAUCACAGAAUCUUCAAGCAUGGUGAGGAUGGAGCACCUUUACCUCUGUGUUAUGCACCUCUCUGUUGCUUCCCUGCCAGUUGUGUGGGAUCCCAAGUCUCAAGAAAGAGGCGUGGAUUUGGAAUUAGAAGACCUGGGUGACUCUGGCCACUGGUAUCCCCUCUCUGGAUGCUUUCCUACCUAGUGGCCAUCUUACUGCCUUCUCAUUCAUGUCAGGUAGCUGGAUGAGACACAGGCAUACAUGCUUGCCUGACAAAGCCAAAGCACAGAGUGCAUGUGAGUAUGAACACCUCAAAGGCCAGGCUGCAAGUGUGAGCUAUUCUUAAAGGAAUGAGGAGCCAGAGAUGCUAUGCAGGUCAGGCAGCGCCCCUGGCAAUUCGGCAGCAAGGCAUGGAGAACUCUGGAGCCACAGGAUGCACAUGGCCUUGGGACUGACAGGUUUGUCUGGAAUCCAGACCAGCAAAAAUCUGGGCCUACUUUUCAGCUGUCAGAUGGAGAUGAGGUUAAGAAAACCUGCAUGGUUGUGAGGACUAACCAGGAUCACACAGGCAGAGUCCUGGUGCUUAACAAAUGCCUCUUUGAAGAAAACUUCAAUAGUCAGUGUUUUACAGUAUUAUUUGUGGGUUUUUUUGUUUGUUUUUUAAAUAGGCUCCACGCCCAGCUCGGAGCCCAGCGUGGGGCCUGAACUCACAACCCUGAGAUCAGGACCUGAGCUGGGAUCAAGAGUCAGAUGCCCAACAACUGAGCCACCUGACACUAUUAUUUGGAGAGGAGAGGAAAAUGAAAGAUGUCACGGACUUCUGCUUCCAGCCAAGAUGGAAUAACAGGAACCAAACUGACCCACCUAUCUGAACCAACCAAAAAAGCCAGUCAACAUAUAUGAAACAAUGAUCUCAAGACACUGAAUAUCAGAAAACAAAGGACAAUAAUCCUGGGAGAUGGAAAAAACAAAAAAGAUGAGCCCUGUGACUGCCCCAGCUUACUACCCAGAGAGUUUCCAGGCUGUAGCAAAGGGAGGAGAAGCUGAGGUAGAGCCCAGCUGACUACUUGAGUUGAAGAAAUAAAGCUGAGAACCCAGGGAGACCAGGGCAGCUAGAGUUCACAGGACAGAAUACCAGAAAGGAAAAGCUCCAUAGAGAACCCUACCCUCAGUAGAGAAAGCCCUUACCCUAUCAGUGCAUAUUUAACUGAGCACUGAUCAGGGUGUAGAAAUGAGACAGCUAAGGGUAGACAGAGAACCACCUGAAAGGAUUAGAGUGAAAAUUGCCUAAGUAUCACUUAGGGCUAAGAACAGUACCUGUUCCUACUAACCAGAUUAGAAAACCUUGUAACUCACAGGCUUGGAGAGAGUACUCAGGAAGUAUUGCCUAAAUAUUGAAGAAUAAUUAGAAUACUGCUCCAGAUUCAUCUAACAAAAAUAAAAGCAAGACCCAAAGGGAUCAAACUUUCCAACUAAUUAAUUACAUUGCAAAGCAAAUUUCAAGAGGUUUUAUAACAAUACUAAAGUAUGCAACAUCCAACAAAGUAAAGUUUACAAUGUCUGGCAUCCAAACAAAGACUACCAGGCACAAGAAGCAGGGACAUGAUCCAAGAUGAGAAAAAUCAAUCAAAACUGACCCUGAACUUACACGGAUAUUAAAAUUAACAGAGGAUAUUAAAAUGAACACUAUCCAUUAUGUUAAAAAAAAUUGAGUGCAAACAUAGAAGACCAUAAGAAAGUCACAAACUUCUAAAAAUGAAAAAGAUGAAAUUGCAGAAGAAAAGAUUUGUGAAUGUAAAGCCAUAGCAAUAAAAAUUCUCCAAAACAGAAAAAAAAAUCAUAAAAGGAAAGAAAAAAAAAUAGUGUCAAUACGCCAUGGGACAAUGUCAAGUAACGCAAUAUACAAGCAAUUGAAGUCCUCAAAGGACAGGGGAGAAAAGGAGGUGACAGAAAAAAGUUAUUUGGAGAAAUAAUGGCAAAAAAAAAACUUGCCCCACACUUAUUCUUUGUGCUUCUGCUGGUGACCCGUGUGCCACUGUCCCUUUUCUCCUCACCCUACCCCUAAUGCCUGCUGACCUCCCUACUCUGUCCACUGAUGCCCACACCUUCCCACUACCUCUGCCUGCUGACCUUAUUUGCAAGUAGAACACUGGGGCCCUCUAUCUUCCAGGGCUGGGACUCCUUGCCUUUCAGAGUUCUGACUUGAUCAUCUUGGGCACCUCCCAGCUGUAGCCUCCAGAUCACGUAUGAGGAGUCAGAACCCUUUACAAAUUAGGUUGCUGCAGUGAGGGUUGUAUAUACACAUAGCAGGGACACUCAAGAGAACAAAAUCCAUUAUCUCUUCCCAUAUGUGAACUCUUAUCCCUGUCCUUUCACAUACAUGGCAAGUAUUUUCUCCAGAUUGUUUUUCAUCU